AUGCAAUUCUCUUUAGUAUACCUUAUUUUAGCACUCUUGUGCGUUCAGUCGGCCUUUGCUGGUACUAUCAACAUUUGUAAGUCAUGUCAAUACAAGUCUAUUAGCAAGGCCAUUGCCUCGCUUCCAAACAAUGCUGAAUCAUAUACAAUCUUGAUUGCUCCCGGAACAUACACUGAGCAAUUCACUAUUGCUCGUCCUAACCUCGUGUUGAAGCCUGUCAGCGGUACUGUCACCAUUCAGUAUGCCUCUGGCCACGACACUAGCUCCAAGGCUGGAAGCACUGCUGAUUCUGCUGUCUUGACUAUCAAAGGCAAGAAUGUCAUGCUCCAAGAUAUUGUUAUUGCAAACACUUUCAAGCAAGGGCGCGUCGCUAAUGUUGCUUUGCACAUCGAUGCUCCUCAGGCUUAUUUCAAAAAUGUCAAGAUCUACGGUUUCCAAGAUACCCUUUUAAUCAACCGCAGUGGCUCUGCUUACUUUAAGAACUGUUGGAUUGAAGGUUCAGUUGAUUUCAUUUGGGGCUUUGGCACUGGUUACUUUGAUAAAUGUGUCAUUGCCUCCAAUCAAAAAGGCACCUCUGUCACUGCUCACGGUAGAGAUACUCCAAACGGCCCUGGUGGCUUCUACUUUAAUCAUUGCGUCUUCAAGGCUACUGUUCCAUCAGACACUUGCUUCUUCGCUCGUCCUUGGGGAAAAUACUCUCGUGUCAUCAUCAUGAACUCAGACAUUGGUAGUCAUAUCAAGCCCGCUGGUUGGAGCGGAUGGAGUGAUGCUAGCCCAAACACUGCAAACGUUGUCUAUGGAGAAUACAAGAACUUUGGAGCCCGUCCUUGGACUAAUGCACGUGCUCGAUUUGCAAAGAAUUUGAGUGAUAGUCAAGUCGCUCGAUAUAGUGCAAAGAAGAUUUUCAAUGGUGAUGUCGCAUGGUUUAAGAAUCGAUAA